GUGGAGGAGGAGGGAGGAGGGGACGAGAGGUGGAGAUGGUGGGCGGGGGCGAGCUCGGCGCAGCUCGCCGGAGGGAUCGCGUGGUACCGGCGAGGGUGCGGCGAGAGCGGCGCCGCCAUGCCCUUCAAGGCCUUCGCCAUCGCCACCCUCUUCGUCGGCGCCGCCGCCGCCGCCGCCGCCUCCGCCGUCGUCGCUUCCGGUGUUCACUCGGUGGAUGACAUGAAGUUGGUUGGUGCGAGAAUUCAUAGAUGGGCGAAGGCUCCUCCAAGAGAGACCAGUUGAUUAACAGAACUCGAUAUCCAUACACGAAUGUCUCUUGAUCACAAUUGCCCAGUGAUGGCUCCUCAUUGGAUGUUGCUCACGAUGAAGUUCAACUUGGGGCCAUGAGUCGCAAUACCAUGCUUCUUUACUGGGAUGUUCAUUCAUUCGAUCCUUGAUAUCUAGAUAAAAGUAGGAUUUGAUGUGAAGCUGAUGCAUAGAGUAGUCCCUUGUGUUUCUACGCAACUUCUAAUUUGGCUGCGACAUUGAGAUGAAGCGAGAAUACGGAUUGUGGCAAAAGAGUGAUUCUGAUUAGCAACUGAAAAUAUGUGGUAGGUAGCUACUUUUUGGCUCGAGUUGUAUCUCUAAGCAAGCAUGCCCUGCUCAAUUUUGUCUUCAGUGUUUUGAACACUACCUCCUUUUUAUGCAACGAGGAAUCCUAUUAUACGAGUUGUUCUCUAGAGUUGAUGUUUCUAUUGAUCUGAAAGUGUCUCCCUCUCAGAUAGAUCAGUUGUCUGUGUAAUUAUCCACCCCUUAUUAAGGGGCUUACUUUUCUCAAUUA